UCGACAGCAACGGAAUCGCCAACUUUGUAAAUCGACACCGACGUAAUCGAUGCACGCCGGUAAUCGAUCCACGCCGGUUCAUGGCACGCGCAAGUUGUUGCUGCCCUGCAAGUCGAGUGGCAUCAGUCGUCUCCUCUGUCACGACCUCGUGUCUCUCCCGUGUCCCUCCGUGUCCUCCCGUGUCCCUGGCUCCACGCGUCUCACUCCGAGAGCACGGGGAGAGAGAGGAGGCAGGCGGGCGGGCCGGCAUCGUGGAGAAAUCCUCGCGGGGAGGGAGGUUUGGGCCUUGAGAUUCAGGCAUGGAUGCAAAUGCAAACUCAUCCAGGGAAGAUGAGCAGCUCGGUGCCAAAUCUGCACACCGGAUCUCCGACCACAGUGAAGGGCGAGACACGGGAGCCCUCGCGGCGGCCGCUGACUUCGAGUCUCCCGCGUCGCCUCUGCUGGGCGCCACGAACGACGACGUGGCCGUUGAGCGGCCCGGGGGAGCCGGGGAUGCGAGGGGCCCAGGGUGCGGGGGGCGCGGGGGUCGCGGGAAACGUGACCCCGGUUGGGACAGUCCACGGGGGGCGCAGAGACGCAGACGGGGAGCGAGCGUCGCUGGGGAUGGACCGCAGCCUCCCGAUGGCACAGGCGAAGGCAGAGACGCGGCGGAGGGACGCACAGGUGAGGUGAGGGAGCCCCCGAGGACGAGGAGGAGCACGCGGAGUAGCCGUGAAGCGGGAGAAGCGGUCACAGUGGAGACGCCGACCCCGCCGACGGACGUCGCGAGCGACGAGACGGGGGAGGGCAGCCCGACGCUGCCCCCGCGCCUCCCCCGCCCCCGCGGGCGCCCGCGCCUCGACCCCAAGCCGGCGGCGUGCGGCGUCUGCGCCAAGAUGUUCAGCGGCCGCCACGACCUGCGCAAGCACGAGCGCACGCACAGCGGCGAGCGUCCGUUCGCGUGCGAGCAGUGCGGCAAAGCCUUCGCGCAGGCCUCCGUGCUCAACCGCCACCGCCGCUCGCACACGGGCGAGCGGCCCUUCAUGUGCGACGAGUGCGGAAAGACGUUCUCGCUGCGCUGCAACCUGCAGGCGCACAAGCUGGUGCACGCCGGCGAGCGGCCGCACGCUUGCGCCGAGUGCGGCAAGGCGUUCGCGCAGGCGCGCUACCUCGCCGUGCACGCCAGGAAGCACGCGGGCGCCCGCGACUUCGUGUGCGAGCGUUGCGGACGCGCGUUCGCCCACUCCGCCAACCUGGCGGUGCACCGGCGCGCGCACACGGGCGAGCGUCCGUACGCGUGCGAGCGCUGCGGCCGCGGCUUCGCGUGCGCCGCGUGGCUGGCGCAGCACCGCGCCUGCCACACCGGGGAGCGGCCCUUCCGCUGCGAGGUGUGCGGCCGCGGGUUCUCGCGCGCCUGGGCCAUCGCGCAGCACCGCAGCGUGCACACGGGCGAGCGGCCCUUCGUGUGCGAGCUGUGCGGCAAGGCCUUCCGCACCAAGCAGAUGAUGGCGCGCCACCAGCGGCAGCACGGGGCCUGCGCCGACGAGGUGGAGGAGGCCCCCCUCUCGUGCGGCCUGGAGGUGCUGGCGCCGUGGACAGUCGAGGUGGCCACCUCUUCCCACCUUGUCACGUGCCAGGGCGUCAUGCAGGGCCUGGGACCCGGAGCGACUAACGCGCCGCUGCCGCCGCUAUCGCCGCCACCACCACUGCCGCCACCGUCCAUCAAGUUCGUCGCCGUGGAGCCGAGCGAGCUGCACGAGGCCGACCUGAGCCGCGUGCUUCGCGAGGUGCUGGACCGUGGAGACAGCUACGACGACGAAGAUUGUGACCCUGCAAACGAAUGCACACAAGUGAUUAUUCAUAUUGCUUCUGUGACCCCAGUACAGCCAGAUGAAGGGGGGGCGUCUCUGACAGAACCAGGUGCGGAGUCCUGCCCCGAGGUCGCAGCUGAGCGUGAUCAGCACACGCAGCACACGGAGCACGGGCAGCAGGAGCAGCACGGACAGGUCACGGAGGAUGAGCAGUACCAGCAGUACGAUCAGCAGGAGCAGCACACGGAGCACGGGCAGCAGGAGCAGCACGAACAGCACACAGAGCAUGAGCAGUACGAUCAGCAGGAGCAUCACGGACAGCACAUGGAACACGAGCAACAGGAGCAGCACAUACAGCACACGGAGCAUGAGCAGUACGAUCAGCACGAACAGCACGAACAGCACGCGGAGCACGGACAACACGAGCUCGUCACAGAAGCCUCGAGCGCGUGCGGCGUGCAGGAGGACGCGUCCGUGUAUCACAACGCGGCGGCCGCCAGCGUGUGGGGCCAAGGCAAGGACGACGCGGCCGUGGUGAUCGUCAUCAUGGGUGCCACCGAGGAGCAGCGGCAGGAGGAUAACAAAGGGGAGGAGGGUGAGAAGGGGGAGGAGGAGCGGCGCGAGACGCGUCCGAGAGGGGGGGGGGCAGCCGUCGAGGAUCGCGAGGUCGACAGCGCGACGGACGUGAUGGAGAGGCCCUCUCACAGGCCCGGCCGCCGCAAGAGAGGCGUCUCGGCGGGACUGGCGUGCGGCGUCUGCGGGAAGCGCUACUCGCGGCGCCACGACCUGCGCAAGCACGAGCGCACGCACAGCGGCGAGCGUCCGUUCGCGUGCGAGCAGUGCGGCAAGGCCUUCGCGCAGGCCUCCGUGCUCAACCGCCACCGCCGCUCGCACACGGGCGAGCGUCCCUUCAUGUGCGACGAGUGCGGAAAGACGUUCUCGCUGCGCUGCAACCUGCAGGCGCACAAGCUGGCGCACGCCGGCGAGCGGCCGUACGCCUGCUCCGAGUGCGGCAAGGCGUUCGGGCAGCGGGCGCACUUGGCGGCGCACCGGCGCGUCCACACGGGCGAGCGUCCGUACGUGUGCGAGGAGUGCGGCCGGCGCUUUGCCCACUCCUCCAACCUGACGCUGCACCGGCGCCGCCACACGGGCGAGCGCCCCUACGUGUGCGAGCGCUGCGGCAAGAGCUUCGCUCGCGCCGGCUUCCUGGCGACGCACGCGCGCAGCCACACGGGCGAGCGUCCGUACGCGUGCGAGGUGUGCGCCCGCGGGUUCGCGCGCCGCUCCUGGCUCGUCAUGCACCGGCGCUGCCACACGGGCGAGAGGCCCUACGCUUGCGUCGAGUGCGGCAAGGCGUUCGCGCGGCCCUCGGAGCUCGGCACGCACCGCCGCAUCCACACGGGCGAGAAGCCCUACCCGUGCCACGUCUGCGGGACGCCGUUCCGCGUCAAGCACCACCUCGUACGCCACCAGAAGAAGCACGCGGGGGAGGCGGCCGGCGUCCAGCCGUCGUAGCUCGGAGAUUUCCACUCACGGCCAACACCAGUGACGAUUACCUGCAUUUGUCCUGGGCUUCCCCGAGGUCGCGAUGUGUCAAGAUCUCCACCGUACGAUUGGCUUAACGUUCACAGUAAUGCCCCGAUUUACGUCUUCCCAAUUUUAAGUCGCAAAUACGUCGUCACUUGAUUAACACCGCCACCUGAUUUACGUCGCCUCAAGCCCACACUCACAUCGCUGACAGCAUCGUCCGUCCUGUCUCCUUAUCCGUCGCAACUUUCAGGAACACAUCCCCGACUUAAACCGGGGUGUUACUGUUCAUCCACGGUGUAGUCAUUUAUAUUGCCUGUAUUUGACACGUACUUAUUUAGUUGCUUGCAAAUUCGUAUAUUGUCGCUGACCUAUAUUAAUACAUUUUGGUCGAUUAUUUGGCGAUUACUGCAUUAGCUGUGGUGCACAAGCACAAAUUAAAAAAACAGCCUUAGGAAUAUAAAUACUGUAAAUAUAUGUGAUGUUAGAUGAAAUUAUACUUUUUCAGAGCACGUGAAUCGGCCAGAGAGUGGCGAAUGUGUUAAGAUUUUUUGUUAACUAAUUAUUGUUGUUGCUAAUUUGAGGUGUGCGGGGGAACAACGACAAACUAAACACAAACAGCAGUUCUAAAGAAAUUAGUUUUUUCAACAUACAGUAAAACCUUGGGUUGCGAGCAUAAUUCGUUCUGGAAACGUGUUUGUCAUCCAAAGCACUCGUACAUCAAUUGUGAUCAUGUGACGCUCGGCAGACAAAGCGUGUACACGUACUACUCUUAUUGCAAGACCUCACUCGUUUAUCAAAUUUAUAUUUAUUUAAAAAAUUUGCUCGUCUUGCAAAACACUCGCAGACCAAGUUACUCGCAAGCCAAGGUUUUACUGUAUUUUUAAAAGUCCAUAACUCCUAGUGUUUUCCUAAUACACUGGUCAACAAAAUUUUUUUUACGAAGAUUAAUUGUCACGCACAACGAGUCUGUGUGCAAAAUGUCAGCUUGAUUGGAUCACGGGAAGUGGGUAAAAAAACGACCGAAAGAUUUGCACGGUCGUAAGCGCGCAAGCAAGUGAACUUAAUAUAAAGGAUUUAAAAACAACCCAACACGUUCAUCCAUAACACUUUGUGCGGCCUUAAAAGGUAAAAUAUAUAAGAGGUGUCUUCGGGAAAUGGCCCUUCAUAGCACACGAAUAGUGGGCAGAGAGUGGUUACGAUGGAGUGGGUUGAAAAGUCCACGGCUGUGUUUCCACACUGACAUUGUCCAUCAUGCUGGACCACUCUGUCCAGUACCCCCCCCCCCCCCCCCUUCAUAGUACAAGCUAUCAAAUUUGAAUGAAUUGACAGUGUUACACGUGUGUACAUUAAUGUUGACAAUUCACGCAAUGACAGCUUGCACUAAUUGGGGGUCACAAGACAUCCGGACCACUCUGUCCAAUAUCACCUCCCACCUGAGUUCAAUGUAUCACAUUUGAAUGAAUGUGCAGUGUUGUUACACGUGUGUACAUUAAAGUUAACAAUUCAUGAAAUGAAUCUUAUGGUUGGACCCCGGGGUCCCAUAAGCCCCCGGCUCUCGCAUAAACAUUACAUUAUAACGUGAACAUUAUAUUAUAAUGUAAACAUUACAUUACAAUGUAAACAUUACAUUAUAAUGUAAACAUUACAUUACCUGAGGACGGCUGUUUGCGUUAUAAUGUAAACAUUACAUUAUGUAAACAUUACAUUAUAAUGUCAACAUUACAUUAUAAUGUAAACAUUACAUUAUAAUGUAAAUAUUACAUUAUAAUGUAAAUAUUACAUUAUAAUGUAAACAUUACAUUACAAUGUAAACACUACAUUACAAUGUAAACAUAGUAUAAUGUAAACAUUACAUUAUGUAAACAUUACAUUAUAAUGUGAACAUUACAUUACAAUGUAAACAUUACAUUUACAAUGUAAACAUAUUAUAAUAUAAACAAAAACUUUUCUCUUUUUCACCAAUGGGUUUGAAAGAUGGUGGCAAGUGUUGUCUUGUUAAACGAUGCCUUUAAAACUGAAAACUACUUAGCUUGCAGUACCUCUAAAUACACAAUCGAAAAAAUAAUUUACACCCCUCUGUCAAUCAUCGUGUUUCUCAGUGUGUGGAAUUGUGAACACACUUUGUAAACGGUACAUGAAAUAGUACGCGUUUUCAAUGCGCUGUUCAUAUUGUCACAAGCGUUUAUACCAAAGUUACUCUACAGAGUAGUGGGUGGCCGCUCCUAUUACCUGCAUUGAUAUGAGCGGUAUGUGGGGACGAUGGCUUAACCGCAACAACAAAAACCUAUCUGCACAGAUGCGUACGGACAAGAGAAGUAUUCAUAUUCUUGGUUCUUUCGGUAAAGUAACGUAGAAGGGAAAUAAGACGCUGUCUUUCCUACAGCUCUGUUUCUUCACCUGAGCACGGCUGCUUGCGUUGUGGCCGAAACGUCGUGAGAAUUUUAUGUUUAAUUUUCAUUAUUUUAUUAUUUCCCUUCUACGUGAACUUUACCGAAAGAACCAAGAAUAUGAAUCCCUGCAGUCACGAAAGCUUUAAAUCUAGAAAGAGAAGUAUUAUCAAACAGGAGGAAUAAACGGUGCAACGCAUCUCAUCUGUUAAAUAUCUGCAGGUAAUCGGAUUGUCAUUGAUCGCUCCUGGCUGCAGACAUUGGUAGGUCACAAAUAAUAAUGAAGAUAAGAGAGCAGUUUCACUUUAUUCUAGAUUAGAAGUCUUCGUGACUGCAAGGAUUCAUACUCGUUGGUUUUUUAGGUAAAGUCACGUCGGUAAAACAAAUUAAUUAAAUCACGACGUUUCGGGCGCAACACAAGCGUCCUUCUUCAGGUUACCUGAAGAUUUAAUUUUUUUUAUUUUUUACCAACGUGACUUUACCGAAAAAACCCAACGAGUAUAGCAGUUUCGCUGUAUUACGCAAACCGUGAUGACAAAUAAAUUACUUAAGUUGUGCAGGAAGUUUGAGCAGCUUUGGAUGAGACUUAUGAUGAUCCUGCCCAUACCUGAGCGUGUGGAGUGCAUUCGCUUGUUCAGCUCUUCUGCGUAAUUCGUCCUUGCUGCUGCUGCUGCUGCUGCGCUUGGACACGACGUGACAACAGAAUGAUCAGCGCCACGUGGGUCGCGACGUUUUAUGUGCGCGGUGGGACGGAGUCGCCAAAAAAACAUUCAUUAAUUACGAUUUUGACUGCCGUUUAUUCGGAGCCACGGGGUCCCGCCAUAAGGUUCAAAUGAUAGCUUCUUGUACUAAUUGGGGGGGGGGGGGGUCACAAGACAUCUGGAACACUCUGUCCAGUAUCUCCACCCCCAGUACAAAAUCAAAUUUGGAUGAAUGUACAGUGUAACACGUGUGUACACUAAUGUUCACAAUUCAUGCAAUAAUAGCAUGAAAAUAUAGCUUGCAAUAAUUUGGGGGGGGGGG